AUGCGCAUCAAGCGUAGCCCUCGGAGGGCCGCUGCCGCUCUUGUGGCCAACACCGCCGACAUCGUCGAACACAUUCUCGACCACCCCUUCGCCAGCAAAGACCUCGCAUCCCUCCUGCGGGUCUCUCCCCUCUUCUUUCACAUUGCCGGCCGCAAGCUCUACUCUACACUUCCCAUCUCCAAUGCUCUCAAUCCUUUCUCCAGCUCGAGACUUGGAGGCGACCGAUGGGGCGGCCGUGGACCGUACGGCAAAGGGCAAUUCUUCCCGUAUGUCCGGACGGUGGUAGUCGAAAGGGCGCCGGUUCCCGAACGUCCUAUUUGGGCGGGAUGGGAGGAGCUACCUCCCGUCGCUUCUGUCGAGGACGUCAUCUUGCAGCCCGUCGACGUCUGGUCCCUAUGGAGAAAGUCCCUACUGGGAGAGGGAGGAGACACUGCCCUGUCCGACAGUCCCGACAGUGCCCUCAUCGAAAGACUCUGCUAUUCUGCUACCCGAAUUCACAUCGCUACCCCUUGCUAUACCAACUCCGGAGAUUGUCUCCAGCCUAUCCCUCUCCUCCCGAACGUACACACCCUUGUGCUGAGGGUACAUGCUGCCGAACUAGCAGCUUUUGAUGAUGUCGCUAUCGUGGAUGCACUCGACAACUUGUUGUCGAGGUGCUCCAACAUCCGUGAAAUGCAUCUGCUUCUGUGGGGCGACAUCGUAUAUCCUUCUGGGGUCUUUUACUCCAUAGGUUGGCCUAGAAAGGGCAGGAUAUGUCACGAGCAGUUGAUGGACCUCGUCGACGGUUCUUACAAAUUGAUGGAGGAUUUCUAUCAUAACCUUUGCUCUGCUGCCGGGGAAUUGGCAUUGAGAGGAUUGGAGGUCUUGCAGCUGUAUAAUGUUGCGGCGGUGUUGGAGAAGUUGAUCAAUAUGGACAGGUUGUUCAAUAUGGACGGCAGCACAAGGUGGCUGACCGGAGAGACAACGGAGAGCCUGUUGACAGGGGUAGAGAAGGAGUUUUGCUGGGAGCGAGACGAUCUGAAUGUAGAUGAGACGAGUGAAGAAGAGACGAGUGAGGAAGAGGUGUCUUUUUACCCUGCGGUGGCCUUCUACGAUACCUUCGGCUCAUACAGAGACGAUGCGGAGGAGGCGUGGUGGUCGUCAGUCAUCGAACCCUCGGCAAAGCUCAGUGCUCUCAGACAGCAGUUGGCGGAUAGAACGAAGCAGCUAGCUGACCAUUUUAUGUGCCUGAACGAGAAGGAAAUCGAGAAUAUCUUGAAGACCUACGAGGGCUAG